GAGCCCCGAGCGAGCGCCGCAGCCUCGCGCCGCGGUUCCCCGUACGCGCCGCCACCGCCGGGAAGGCAGCCGGCGCCGGGCAAGUUGCGAGCGCGCCCCUCCGACCAGGAAAGUUUCCCCCCGGCCGCUGGCGGGAGUUGGCGCGGGGUCCGGCCGCCGCAGCUGGAAGAGUGUAUCCAGAAGCUACUGUCAGGAGGACACUGUAAGAGAAGCUUGGCACCCCUGGACCCAAAGGAAAAGACACCAGUGGAAAGAGGUGAGCAUCUCCUGGACAGCGUCAAGCUUCAGAUGAGCUGAGCUUCUAAUACUACCAUCAAAGCAACUGGAACCCCUUGAAUUUGAUUUCUGGAGACGCGGGCAUAAUCCUUUUGCAGACGUCUCAACGCUGGCUCUCCAGGUGGAGCACCAUGGAAGGCGAUUGUUUGAGCUGCAUGAAGUACCUGAUGUUUGUUUUCAAUUUCUUCAUCUUUCUGGGCGGGGCCUGCCUGCUGGCCAUCGGCAUCUGGGUCAUGGUGGACCCCACCGGCUUCCGGGAGAUCGUGGCUGCCAAUCCUCUGCUCCUCACGGGCGCCUACAUCCUCCUGGCCAUGGGGGGCCUGCUCUUUCUGCUCGGCUUCCUGGGCUGCUGCGGGGCCGUCCGUGAGAACAAGUGUCUGCUGCUAUUUUUCUUCCUAUUCAUCCUGAUCAUCUUCCUGGCGGAGCUCUCAGCAGCCAUCCUGGCCUUCAUCUUCAGGGAAAAUCUCACCCGAGAAUUCUUCACCAAGGAGCUCACCAAGCACUACCAGGGCAAUAACGACACGGACGUCUUCUCUGCCACCUGGAACUCAGUCAUGAUCACAUUCGGUUGCUGCGGGGUCAACGGGCCUGAAGACUUUAAGUUUGCAUCUGUGUUUCGACUCCUGACCCUGGACAGUGAAGAGGUGCCGGAGGCCUGCUGCCGGAGGGAACCCCAAAGUCGGGACGGGGUCCUGCUGAGCCGGGAGGAGUGCCUCCUGGGAAGGAGCCUGUUCCUAAACAAGCAGGGCUGUUACACAGUGAUCCUCAACACCUUCGAAACCUACGUCUACCUGGCCGGAGCCCUUGCCAUCGGGGUACUGGCCAUCGAGCUUUUCGCCAUGAUCUUCGCCAUGUGCCUCUUCCGGGGCAUCCAGUAGAGGGUGUGGCCUGAGGCCCGAAGACUCGCCCCACCCACCACUGCCCAGCACCCGAUGCCCUCCCCUGCCCCUCCCCGCUGUCCUCUUGGCCCCAGGGGAGAAGAUGACGCCAUCAAAGAUGGCCAGGAGAAGGGCCAGGGGCAUAGAGCUAUUUUUUUAACAAAACAAAAUGAAGACAAAAGUACGGACUGAUGUAUCCUCGCCUGGACUCAGGGCAGGUGCCGUGGGCUCUCUGCAGAGACCCCAGCGCCUGGCCCAGGAUGUAGGCUGCUCUAGAGACCAAAGGAACACCAGGCCCAGUGCCCCUGUUGGUCCAGCCAGACCCUGGGCCCUCUCUCCUCACUGCACCAGGACCUGAUGCCAAGAAAGUGAGGAUUUAGGCAACGAGGAGGACAAAGCAAAUCUCAGAGAAGUCAUCAAAGCCCCACAGAGAUUCAGCUGGCACAUCCUUGAGGACUCGGAACCCACAGCGCAAUCCCUGGUCCACUGGAGGAUGGACUGUCCCCUGUUCAGGCCAGGGUCAAGAGUGAGCUGCUGAAACGGCAUCCAAGAAUGGCCCAGCUGGCAGGAUCCUUGCAUUCCCCAUCUGUUGGACCAAAUAAUCUCAAAGGCCCAGAGAGGGGCAGUGGCCCAUCCACAGACACACAGCACAGGCAUGACGGAAUCUGAGUUGUCUCCAGGCUGCUGUCACUGCAUCCAGGACUCUGUCAGCUCUGCUGCCCACAUGCACCCCUGGCCUCAGCAUUCCGGUUCCCCCAGACAAGAGAGGGCAAGCCAGCCAGGAACCGCCUCCUCCCUGCUCUACAGCUAAGAAAACACCAUUCCAUGACUUCCCACCGUGCCCUCCCUCCUACCUCCCUACACCUCUCUCUCUGAGUCCCCAGGAACACACAGGGGCGCACCUCACAUUCCCUUGUCCAUACUGCCCACCUCUCCCCACAAGCCACCCCCUUCCCUGUCCUUCCCCAACUCCUCAGCUCCCAGAGUGGAAGAAAUCCCCAAGAUCAUCUGGGUCUCCCUCUCCGCACCCAGAACUGAGGCUUGGGUAUCUUCAAGAUCCUUGCCAAGACUUCUCCACCCUCUUCUUGCAUACCUCCAGGGACAGAGAGCUUACUACCUCCCAAGGCAGCCUCCUGCCUUUGGACUGCUCUGACUUUAGCAUCAGCUUAAUAUACAGAAGAGGUUUCUGUUUUUCUGUGGCUCCGUCCACGGCAUCCCACUUGCCUGCUCUUCUUCCUGGAGUGUUAAGGUCACACAUUGACUCCCCUGAGCCCUCUUCUCUCCAGACUAAAGAAUCCUGAAGGCAUCGAGGCCAUUUCUGCUGCAACAAGGUUUCCUGUCUCUUCACUGUUCGCCCAUUUCUUAGUAUUCCCUCCAGGCUUGCACGGGGAGACUCGCAGACGCACACCCACAAGUAUUCAGUUCUCAAACUCUAGAUGAGUGUUGGCAACUGGAUUGCAAGAUGCCCCUAUCCUGAUAGAUCGGGGUGGCUGCUGGAGGCUGUGCUGGGGAUCUGAGGUUUGGUCUGGGCUCAGUGAGAGAUGUGGUGCAAUCCUGAUGAGUGAUGUCUGCCAGGCACCGUGAGUUUGAUUAGUGAUGUCUGCCAUGGGCAGGGAUGGAAGGAGCAGUGUGAUGUCUGCUCUCUUUUCUCCCCUCUCUCCCUGUUCAGGAAGAGCUCAUUCUGUCUCACAAGCCACCAGCACCCUGUAUCAGCCUCCAGCCUCCCCUCAGGCUUUCCAGUCACCAGGGACACUCGGAGUCACAGCCUAAAGCCCAGUGUUCCCCGGCCUGUGCUCCUGCCCCCUUCUGAGAUGCAGCCAGAAGCUCUGUGCCUGCUGCAAAGAUUCAGGUGGACCCUCCUCCAAUCUCCUCCUGCUGUGCCUGCCAGUCCUGGCCCUCCCACCAGGUCUCUGAGCUCAGUCUUACUUUAACAGCUUGCUCUGGCAGCCCCAUAAAUGACACCUGAGCUCCACAGAAGCUAAGCUCCCGAGACCUAGGGACCUGCCGCUGGUACCGCAGCCCAGCCUGGGGCCUGGGACCUGGCCCUCUUGAACCACCUACGUGCUUAGCCCCAGCUUUUUGGAAGAGGCAAAUGUCUGGUCUGAGAAUGACAAGGAAAAACAAAAAAACCAUGCUGGGCAGGACUGAGGCAAAUUGCACAGCUUUAUGGCUCUAAUCCAGGGGCAUCCCAGGCUUCUAGGGCCCAUACGAGUCAGAGGGAGAACCCAGGAGAAAGGUCUGGUCACAAAGGGAAAUCUGACUAAGGUGGGUUCAAGGGCGGACACAGACUGCUUCUCAAUGGCUUUCCACAAAUGUGCCAAGGAACCCUCAAUCAGCCCAGAUUCAGUUCCCCAGCCAGCCGCUGGCCAUCCUCUUAGCCUGGAAAGGGAAGACAGGCGGUUUUCUGCUCCUGUUGGCAUUCGCCCAGGCCGGUAGCUAUUUGCAAGGCUGCCUGAGGCCAUUCCUUGGAGGCAAGGCAAAGAAAGCUCAGCCCAAAUCAGGCUUGAGCCUCCCUCCAUAGCACAGGGAGGAACAGGGUUCAGCUGGCUUGGUCCAGAUACAACCCACAGCAGGUUCUGGUGGUGGCUGGGGGUAGGGGUGGGCAGGGAUACCUCUUCGUUUCUUUUUACCCCAGAAUACAACAGCUCACAACAGAGACUUCCUCGGACCCCGCUAACAGGGCAAGGAACAAGACGACUACACUGUUCAUCACAAACCCUGCCUGUAUUGAAAGCCACUUUCCUGCUCUGAAGCUACUGCCUUUUAGAGAAAAGGGGUAUCUCUUUAUGGGCUGGGGGUGAGGGCUCCUCCCCAGGGUCUCUGUUAAUUUCUAGCCUUGGUGCUCAGGCCUGUCCGCAGCCUCCCUUGUCCAUCUCUCUAUCCGUGCUUGAGGGGCCCAGACAGGAUUCCUCAAACCAGCUGAGGCCCCAGCACCCCCAUCUCCCCAGAAGCCCCUUCCUCUCUCAUAUGUUGAAAGUCUAUUUUAAAAACUGUCUAUGUUCCUUGCCGUAGAUUGCAGAGCUAAUUUAUCACGUUUCUCUCCUGUGAGACCCCGUUUUAUAUGAUAUAUCCAGAGGAAGUUUUGUAAUAUAAAACAGGACGCCCACACUGA